CCGCGGUGGCGACGCAACGUCACUCCGCUCGCUUACAGUCUGGAAGCGCUUCGUCCUCUUCGGUUUUUCGUUUUUCAGCAGAAAUGGCAGCAGCAGUUAUAACAAAUCAGAAUGUGGUGGAGCGGGUGACCAGCCUCCCCCUGGUGAGCUCCACCUACGGCCUGGUGUCCAGCGCCUACUCCACCACCAAGGACACCCACCCGUACAUCAGGAGUGUGUGCGAGGCGGCCGAGCAGGGAGUCCGGACCAUCACCUCCGUGGCCGUCAUCACCGCUUCACCCAUCAUCGGCAAGCUGGAGCUUCAGAUUUCCAUUGCCAACAACCUGGCCUGCAAAGGUUUGGACAGGAUUGAGAAAACCUUGCCGAUCCUUAACCAGCCGUCUGAGCAGAUUGUCUCCAGUGCCAAGGGCGCUGUGACGGGCACGGUGUCUGGCGCCAGGGACACGGUGUCAGACACUCUGACCAACGUCGUGGACAAGACCAGGGCCGCGGUCAGCACGGUGCUGGAGAGCAGGGUGGCGCGGCUGGUGAGCAGCUCCGUGGACACGGCCCUCAGCACCUCGGAGAGCCUGGUGGAGCAGUACCUGCCCCUGACGGAGGGCGAGCCGGAGCUGGAGGCUGAAGCUGUGAAAAGCUCUGAGGAAAAGGAGCCGAGCUACUACGUCCGCCUGGGUUCCCUCUCCACUAAGCUGCGGAAGCGUGCGUACACCAGGGCCUUGGCGAAGGUCAGGGACGGCAAGCAGCGCAGCGUGGAUUUCAUUUCUGAGCUGAACUCCGCUGUUGACCUGAUUGAAUAUGGCAGAAAGAAUAUUGACGGGGCUAACCAGAUGGUGAAUAACAAGCUGACCGCCCUCGCGGCGUGGAGGCCCAACGGUCCGGACCAGCAGAAUGGUCACGGGGCAGAGGUUAUUGAGCACCGCACCUUGACCCUGGCACAAUCCCUCACCCAACAGCUCCAGACCACCUGUCUGGUCCUGGUCUCCAGGCUGCAGGGCCUCCCCAACCACGUCCAGCAGGAGGCGCUCCAGCUCGGCCGCUCCGCCACACAGGUCUACGUCAGCUUCAGCAAGGCCAGCUCACUGGGCGAUCUGCCGGACAGCGUGCUGAGCGCCAGCAGAGUCCAGCUGGGCCGAAUGAAAGACUCCCUGGACAACGUCAUGGACUACUUGGUCAACAACACGCCGCUUAACUGGCUGGUUGGUCCCUUCUACCCCCGGAUGGACGCGGAGCGGACUCGGGCGCCGGCCCUGUCCUCCGGCCAGUCGCAUCGAGAGGAGCCCAGCGAGGUGGAGAUGGAGACGCUUCAUUCCCACCAGCACCAGUGACCCACGUUGGGAGUUUUAAAUGUAUUCCUCCUUGUGGGCUAAUAUUUGACGUUGCAGUGGUGCCAUGUCAAACACGGCACUAUUUUAGUUUUAAUUCUAAAAAAAAAAAAAAAUGCAGUUUUGUAUGUAAGCCAAUUUAUUGAGACCUUUAGUCAGAAACUUUCUACAUAAACUAAUUGAAUAAAAUACUUUUAAACUUG